GAGCAGACAGACCUCCGUUGGGUUGACGAUGAGGCUGCGGAAUCAUACAGCGCAGUCCUCAAAACGAUGGAAGAAGACUUUUUCUCGUCGUUCACUAUUCGCUCAAAUAGCCUCAUUCAGCGAAGGAGGAAAACGAAAAGUUAAUUCGUCAUUCCUAGGCUGUCUUGUGCUAGUCGUUUGUUCGUUGGAUCCUUCGAAAACAAUGUGAAGGGAAAGAAACCUUCAGAAGCUCGCUCGAUUUGAGAAACACUAGAUCAGUAGAUUUGGAGUUUGAUUGUAACCGACUAAGGUAAAGCCUACGAAAGUCAGUUGAUGGAACCAGACCUUCGAAGAGACAUGUUCGGCGACGAGGGAAAACCACUGGACUUGUCGUCCAAACCGAUAUCAAAAUUGAAUAGCAACAAGUACCCACUCAAGAAGAGGAUCCUGUUGCAAAGUGCGCUUCAUCAAGACUGCGAUGGCGAGAGGAGCGAUUCAGAUUUUCGUUCUCCUUCAAUUUAUCCUACCUCUGGCACGAGUCCAAUUCCAAUGUUAGGAGCCCCAUCUGACCGUUUGAGCCCCAUCUUCAACGGAGAUGAUUUCGUAGAAAUAAAGCAACGCUACCAUAGCGCUCGAUUGCAAUUGCCAGAUAGACUGCAAGCCCAAGCGAUGCCGCAAAUGUUUCCCGAGCAUUACCCUCCUUCUAACCACUGGAUCCACCAGGCCAAGGCUCCUCAAUCUUGGGAGACCGUGGUGGAGAGGACACCCAACCCCCUAGCAAUGGACUCUCGAUAUCAACCCUCGCCCAGUCCCGACUCCCUGAACUCAAUGGGUGGCUCUCGGAAGUCGAGCAUCACUUUCUCCCCCUCGGAAAUGUUCCGCGAGACUUCACCUGACAUGGAUUCACGAUCGGGUCAAACCACGCCAGAUCAGCACACUGCCGAUUGGCAGAAACAUCAGGAGCACCACGAUCCAUCGGAUCCAUCCUCGGCGGAAGAGCCCCGCCGUUCAAAAGUGUGCAGUAUUUGCUCGUCGCCCACGGAAACAUUCCACCUCAACUACGGGGCAAGCUCCUGCUUCAGUUGUCGGGCAUUUUUUCGCCGAGCGGUUCAGAAGGCCAAGACGCCGAAUUUUCAAUGCCGUGCGGGUGGAAACUGCGUGAUCAACACCCAAACCAGGAGUGAUUGCCGGAAAUGUCGCUUUGAUCUCUGCCUCCAAUCUGGUAUGAACCCUGACAAUGUCAUGAACUCGGAGCAGAAGCAAGUCCGGUUUCGAAAGCACAUCAAGAAGAUGAAGCGGGAAGAUAAGAAACGCUCGGCGGAAAUGAAGGCCACUCUGAGGAAGAUGAAGAAGCUCAAAUCCUCUCCGGAUCGAUCAUCAUUGCCGUUGGCUUUGCAGCUGUCAGAUUCAAAUUGCAAGGCGGGAGCAAACCAAAUGAACCCUCCACCGCUCGUGUAUAAGCAUUAUCCAUGUGAUAGUUUCCUCACCUCUUUAAAUGCUGUGUAAAAGGGUCCAUUAGAAGACUUGACCUCUUUACCAACUACAUAGAUAAAUUAUUUACAAGAAAAAGACAAUUAUAGAAUAAAUAUUUCAAUUUCUUCCACAA